CUUUCACAUGCUUUGCAUGCGAGAGCUACCAAAAGUUUGAUCAUGACAUAUAUACGAGCAAAGUUGCAUACAGUUAAUUGCAUUCUCAGCUCCAGUUCGUUGCCAUAAGUAUGUUCUUGGAGCCACACGACAAGGCCCAUGAAUCUGAAACCUCCUGUCUCUGCCUCAGCGUCCCCUAGCUCAUGCCAAGCCUGUGGCUUCCUGAGGCACCACAGCUAGCUUCCAGAGGCACCGAUCCCGGGCACCGCUGCUAGCUCCCUCAGAUCCGCGCAUCGGAGAUGAAGAUGGGCAAGGCCCCGCAGAUCCUGAAGAAGGCGGCAGCGAUGUGCAAGAGCAAGACCGCCGUUGUCGCGGCCAGGAUCCUCGUCCUGGCCUCGCUCCGGCGCAGGAUGGCCACGGUCGGGGCGAUCUCACACAGGAUCCACGCGCUCAUGGUGCCCGGCCGGCCGGAGAAGUCCGCGGUGUACUUCCACAAGGUUCUCCUGCCGCCCAGCAAGGUCGUCGAGAACAAGCCGUCCAUCCAUGGCUGUAACAUGGUCGUCGAUCUCUCUCACGAAUUGGCAUCGUUCGAUAACCAAGAGGACGGCCAUGUUGACUGGACGCUUCAUCCCAUCUUCAACGACGACGAUGGCGGCUGUUGCUACACCGACGAGUACGAAGGCAAUGAUAGUGAUGACGAUGACGGUGACGUGGCGGUACUUGGUGAGUUGGACAACGGCGACGAGCCCUCUGUGAUGGAUGUGAUCAGGAGAAACCGGGAGGUGGAGGGGUUGGAGUUCAACAUGGAGGAUGAGAUCGACCAGGCUGCUGAUAUGUUCAUCAGGAGGUUCCGGGAGCGGAUGAACCAGAGCUUUUACUGAUCUCGAGUUCCGUGCGUAUCUGAUUGUUGCGCGGUAGCAGUCGUGCUGUAUACUCCCUCCAUCCCAUAUUACACGUUAGACACAUUUUAGACAUAAAUACAUUCAUAUUUAGACAAAUUUGAGACACUUAAUAUGAGACGGGGAGUACAAAAUAACACUAAAUGGUGUGAGGACAUUGGCAUGAAUAUGUCCAUCCGCAGGAUAUAUAGGAGUUUUUGCAGGCACGUACAGAUUAGAGAUUUUGAUAGAUAAAUACGGAGUAGUACAUGCUAAGCGAGUAAGCGUGUGUAUCUGUGUUAGCAAAGAGAAACACUGAUGGAUUUUCGGGGA